AUGAGGUACCAUCUGUGUCUGCUGCUCCUCUUCCCUGGGACCCCGGGCACGGCCUCUGGACCGCGCAGCACCGCACGAAGUGUGGAUGGCCUGAACCCAGACCCCAGCCCUGCUCCUUCGCUUUGGCAGACCUGUAAUAUAGCCUCCGCCGCCACUGGAGCAGCUUCUCUGAGCUCAGAGGCCUUCUGCCAGCAGUUCAGGCAGUUUGGCUACUCUGACACCGCGGGGCCCCGGGAAGCCCUGGGCCGGCUCCACGAGCCUCGCUGUCAGUGGCUGAGGCCCGAGGUGCUCAGCAAGGAGCAGAUCCUGGAACUGCUGGUGCUGGAGCAGUUCCUGGCCAUCCUGCCCGAGGAGCUGCAGGCCUUGUUCCGAGAGAACCGACCAGCGAGCAGAGAGGAUGCCGUAGAGAUGCUCGAGGAGCUGGAGAAGGAGCACGAUGGGGAGGCUGAACAGGUCUUUCUUGGACAAAAUGGGGACAUGCUCGCAAAGAAACUACCAACUUGUGAAAUCCCUCAGAAGAUACCAUGUCACCAGCCCAAGCUCGCAGAAAAGCAGCUGUGGUGGGCGCUGAAGAAGCUCUGCUCCUUCAGAUGAAAUGGCUAAGGAGAUAGAGACACAAGAACUAAAAAUGUGAAAUCUGCUUUAAGGCAAAAGAAUUCUUCAGACAAAGAACUGCAUUACAAAGUUUCUAACACUCUUCAAGUGAAUGCUCCCCAGAGUUUCACAUUUAGAAGAACCUGUGAACAAGACAGAAAGUUUGAAAGGAGACAGGGAAACUGUCCUUGAAGAAAACAACACAGUGUGAUGAAUGUGAUGGAGACUGAUUUUAUUCAAAGUCUACAAUGACACGGGGUGGCAGCUAAAAUAAGGAACUCUACUGUCUGAGCCAAUGAUCAGCUGGAUAGCCAUCUGCCGUCUUUUCCUAUACAGCUCUGCUGGCUCCAGUCUACUGAAGAAGGACUCGUCAGGAUUGUAGGUAGAAUAUCUCCAGUUGGACAUAUCAGUGAGGCCGCAUCAGAACCGAAUUAGUCCAUUAAAUGUUGCUUUUGAUUCAUUGGCUUUAGCAGUCUUGCAACGUAGGUGGCUUUACAGUUUGAUUUCUUGGUAGUCAUUCAACCACAAAUGAUUAAUUUAGGCCAAUAAUAAUAAUUCCACUCCACCUGCAAGUGAUUUUGAUUUUGUUGUUGUUGUUCAGUCCCCACGUUGUCCAGCU